UAUACCAGCCACUUUUUGUCUCCGGUCAGGAGAGAAGGUGGCAGAGAGGGAAAAGACAAGAGGGUUUUCCUGCAGAAAGUUACAUUUCUGUAGGAGGGUUAGUUAAACCCUUAGAAAGAACAUUGGAGGCCUGGCCUGUUUUGUAAAUAUUACCUUUUAUUUUGGAUUUCUACACUUGUGUACUUUUAAUAGAUCAAGGCUCUGAUGGAACUGCGUGAAUGAUAAAACAGCCGAGGAGGCACAACAAAGUGGAAGAGUUUUUUUUUUCUUUUUGGAAAGUAUUUUUUGUUAAAACAUGCAGAUCAUCUGCCUCAUGCUGCUGGGCUCUCUGGGACUGGCAACGCUGGCCAUUGCUGAGAAGGGCCUCGAGUUCCCACGUUACGAUGGCAAAGACCGUGUCCUGGACAUAGAUGAGAAGAAUUACCGCAAAGCUCUGAAGAAAUAUGACAUGUUGUGUCUGUUCUACCAUGCUCCUGCGCCCACCGCAAAAGAGCUGCAGAAACAAUUCCAAAUGACUGAACUAGUGCUGGAGUUAGCUGCUCAGGUCUUGGAGGAAAAAGACAUCGGGUUUGGAAUGGUCGACUCUCAAAAGGAUGCCAAGGUGGCUAAGAAAUUAGGUUUGCAUGAGGAGGGAAGCAUCUAUGUUUUCAAAGAAGACCGUGUGAUUGAAUUUGAUGGCCUGCUCUCUGCAGACACAAUUGUGGAGUUCCUCCUGGACCUGUUAGAAGAUCCAGUCGAGAUCAUUGAUAAUACCCUGGAGCUGCGAGCGUUUGAACGUAUGGAAGAAGACAUCAAACUCAUCGGCUUCUUCAAGAGUCAGGACUCUGAACAUUAUCUGGCUUUCCAAGAGGCAGCCGAACAGUUUCAGCCUUUCAUCAAAUUUUUUGCCACUUUUGAGAAAUCGGUUGCAAAAGAAUUGACUCUGAAGAUGAAUGAGGUGGACUUUUAUGAGCCCUUUAUGGAGGAACCAGUCACUAUUCCUGACAAGCCCCAAUCAGAGGAAGAGCUGGUGGCCUUCAUAUCAGAGCACAGGAGACCAACACUUAGAAAACUCAGGGCAGAGGACAUGUUUGAGACCUGGGAGGAUGAUUUAAAUGGGAUUCACAUUGUAGCAUUUGCAGAAGAGGAAGACCCUGAUGGUUUCGAGUUCCUGGAUAUUUUGAAGGAGGUGGCAAGAGACAACACAAAUAAUCCAGAACUGAGUAUUGUGUGGAUUGACCCCGACAACUUUCCUUUGCUAAUUCCAUACUGGGAGAAGAUCUUCAAGGUGGACCUCUUUAGACCACAGAUUGGUGUAGUCAAUGUAACAGAUGCAGACAGUGUGUGGCUGGACAUACCUGAUGAUGAAGAUCUGCCUUCACCCGAGGAGCUGGAAAACUGGAUAGAAGAUGUGCUCUCUGGAACAGUCAACACAGAGGAUGAUGACAACAACGAUGAUGACGACGAUGAUGAUGACGACGAUGAUGAUGGCGAUGAUGAUGACGACGAUGAUGAUGACGACGACGACGACGAUGACGAUGAUGAAUGAUUCAUAUACUGUGAAAACAGAUGUAAACCUCAAACAAACAGAAAUUGUUCUCUUUGCUAAGAGAAAACUAUUUUUGGUCUGAACACUUCUGAAGUAAAUGAUGUUUGAACAGGGCAUUUUCCAUUUCUUAGUGUUAAAUGAAAAUGGAGCAAAAUGGAAAGUCAAAAAUCUUAUUAAAAUAUAAAUGCUUAUAAUAUGCUUAAAUAAUAAUAAAAAACAUUUACUGUAUUUUAAGCAGCUCUAAACAUAAACUUGCUAAAGGGAUUAAAUAUUGUACUUUGUAAUUUCGUUACUGGAAUGAUAUUUUGUACAUGUUCAUCAUUCAAUUCCUUUGGUCACAAUAAGACAACCAUCCUAACAAAAAGCUUGUUACUAAAUAUGCAAGGAACAAGAAUUCAGAAUCAUUCUUAACCCCAAAUGUGACGUUAUGCAACCAAGCAAAAUAGACAAAUAAAUCCUGGAUCUUUCUUUUAGA